UUGCGGAGGGGGCGCACCCGUAAACCAGCGGGUUAGGUUGCGGAGGGGGCGCACCCGUAAACCAGCAGGUUAGGUAGUGGAGGGGGCGCACCCGUAAACCAGCGGGUUAGGUUGCGGAGGGGGCGCACCCGUAAACCAGCAGGUUAGGUUGCGGGAGACGGCGGUUGGGCGCCUCCGCCACCGCUCUCACUCAGGCGUAAACUUUUACACCGACAUCCACCUGCCCCGUUUGGUCGGAAUUCCCCCUCCAUGCCCCGCUUGGUGAAGCGAUCCGCGCCUCCCGUGGCCUGGGAAGAUGAAGAUGUUGAAGACCAUCUGAGCUACAAGCUGAGGCGAGAUCGGAUGGAGGACGAGGGUGGCGCCGACACCGAGAUGGUGGUGAACGCUGCAGCGAUGGGUAGAAGCCGCCUGCUCGCCCCCUCGCCAGCUCACCUCGACUCCCGCAGCAAGAAGUGGCCGGCCCGCCUCUGCUCAAUGCUCUGUUGCAUCGUGCUGCUGUCCUUCGUGGCAUUUCUUCUAGCAAUCAUGUACAUCGUCUUCAAAGAUUUGAGUUGGGAAAAAGAAAACCGUGAGAUUGAUAUCAAGACUGGAAUUUUGGGCCUUUGGAGUUCAUUAAUUUUGGCCUUGAUAGCUGGGUUGUCAUGCUGCAGUUUUUCAUGGACGUUGACAUAUUUUGAUUCAUUUGAACCUGGGAUGUUUCCACCAACACCACUAUCACCUGCUCGAUUUAGGAAAUUAACGGGUCAUUCAUUCCACAUGGGCUACAAUAUGGCAAUCCUCAAUGGCAUCACUACAGCGCUGGCAAUAGUUUGGUGGUUCACCUGAAACCAAUUUUACUUUUCCCUUCUCAUUUAUUGAAAAUGAAUACUGAUCUUUAUCCAGAUUUGCAAGCCUUUUGCUUAAUGACAGUGAGAUAUGAAGAUACCUGUUUCUUUUUAAAUUCAUUUAAAGAUAACAUUUAUGUUAUCCAGUUUCUUAAAAUUCCAGUUUUAGACCUGUUAUUUUGACCAUCUUAUUCCAUUAUGUUGGAGUAUUUAAUUGCUGAUUUGGUAUCAGUUAAUAAUGUAUCAAAGGCAGGUAUGUGGUAUUCUGUACUCUGUCCACCAUGACAAAAGAUAGGCAGAGUUGAACAAAUUAAAUGCAUUACAUUUUAAAUUCUUAUUGUAGUUGACUGGGAGAGGAUAUUUACAUUUGGAUCUAUUAAGUAAAGUAAAUAAUGUAUUGCUAAGCAUGUAGAAACAAGGAACUGUAGAUACAGGUUUACAAACAUGAGCAUUUUGAUUUUUUUAUUUUGUUUCUGUAAUUCUAGCUGAGCUUUUCAGAUUCAUUCUAUUUUGAAACUGCCUUGUAUAUUAAGUUGUCACCCUAAAAUUCUUUGCAGACUUUUACAUGACUUUUGACAGAAGAAUAUUUUUUAUAGACAGUAAAGCUAGAAGUGACUAUGAUCAUAUGAAAUACAAGUGGCCUAGAGAAUGUAUUUUUCCAUUAAGUGUUCACUUGGCUACGCUGAAAAGUCGAGGUGACACAACUUUCAUAAUAAAAUAAAAUGCUUAAUGUCACUGUCCCAUUAUCCAUAAAUCCCAUCGAUUUGGCAUCAAGUGCACUGGGCAACCCAUUCCUUUUUUGCUUCAAGCAACACCUGGCUUCACUGGAAAAUUUAUUCUACUUCAUGUCUUAAAGGGAAUUAAAAAUGUGGUGUAUUACUGGGAGUAAGCAACCUUAAUUCGUCAGGGAAAUCUGCCAGUCCACGCCACAAGUUUGCUGUUUUACUAAUUAAUAGUCUGUUUUUUCAUGUUCAUGGCAACUGAGCAAGCAACCUUUUUUAAACAUAAUAUCCCUGAACUUCCAUACAGCAUUACCAAGGGUUAUAGUUUUUUUAAACAGAUACUAGAUCUGGCAAGAAUAAUUUUGGUGCAGGAAAUACAAAUUUAUGAAAAUCUAAUUCUGACUUGAUGGUCACGAUCAUAUCUUUUACUGUGCCCUGUUAUAAGGAAAUGUAAAUAUUUGCUGCUGAUCUCUGUUAGUAAACUUGUGAUUUCUGUAUUCGUAUUAAUCCAAGUAUAGAAUUUUAUAGUGGCUUUUUCAUCUUGGGUUGAGAUCUAAUGGUAUUGACAUGCUAUUCAGUCAAAUCACUGAUUCUAAAGACUACUAAAAUUGGAAAUCAUUUAUGUUUGUCAAUUGAUUAAGAUUAAAGAUUUGUAAAUGGCUUUGAUUGUAUAGAUAUGGUUAAAAUUUUGUCUUGUUUUUGAACUAUAAUAUCCCAUUAUCUUUUGCCUUUUGUGAAAGAUGGCUUCCUCUGUGUAAAUUGAAUAAAGUCUUCAUAAAAACUGAAAUGUCAUGUAUUUUUAAAAUAUCCACUCAUUGUUAUUUAUCACCAUAAUCAACUAGAGUUGUUUCAGGUCCGGAGCCUCAUAUUUCAGGGAUGAUACGAUUUUAAAUUUGAAUUAAUAUUUGUCACAAUAUAACUAGGUGGCUGUAAAAAUUAAUUUUAAAUGUUGCACUUUCCUAAGAACUCACUAGUGUAAUGUGGUGCUUAUCUCUGUACCAGGCAGAAUAUUUUUUAUGUCAGUUCUAUUAAUUAUGAAUGCAACAGACCUUUUUAUAAAAUUUGAUAUUUUGCACAUCAAAAAAUAUUUUAUGAAUUUCAGAAGGAACCUCAUUGCUGAUUGAAGUUUGGUUGUAAUGAAUGUACUGCAUUGCUGUGUAUAAUGGUUGUUUGAACUAUUAAAGGUGAUUUGCCGUGAAAUUGUUUCCAUUUAAUUUCAACGGCCCUCAUUUAUUGUUUUGGCAGUGUUACGGUAUUGGGUCAAAAGUGAACGUAGGUCAAAACAGAGUUUAUUAUCAGAAGUGAUUUUGUUUGGCCCCAAUGGUUGCCGUGAACCUCCCUUUGUUGACUUGGGUCCACUGGCAUUGUCCGUAAAGCCAACAGUUUUAAACCUGGGUUUUAGGAUGGACGAUGAUUUUAAACUAGAUAAACAAAUAGGCGCGAUGGUUAAGUCCAGCUUCUUUCACCUAAGGAAGCUGGCAAAGGUGAAGCCCAUUCUCGAGCGGCAGCAUUUUGAAACAGUAAUCCAUGCCUUUAUUACAUCUAGGCUGGGUUACUGUAACGCAAUCUACUCUGGAGUCGCACGAGCUUCAUUGGCUCGUCUCCAGCUAGUUCAAAAUGCUGCCGCUCGCCUCUUAACCGGAACUCGAAAGAGGAGCACAUUACGCCAAUUUUGGCCUCCCUUCACUGGCUCCCAGUGCACUUUCGAGUUAAUUUUAAAAUUAUUUUAUUUGUUUUUAAAUAGUUGAAUGGGCUCGCCCCGCCUCACCUCUCUGAGCUGCUCCACCCAUACGCUCCUGCCCAGUGCCUCAGGUCAGCUGAUCAGCUGCUCCUUGAGGUACCAAGGUCUAAGCGGAAGCUCAGAGGGGAUAAAGCCUUUUCUGUUGCUGCUCCAGCACUCUGGAACACCUUGCCGUUGCACAUCAGAUAGGCCCCCUCACUGUCCAUCUUCAAAUCCACCCUAAAAACUCAUUUUUAUUCUCUGGCUUUCGACACUGGCUGAGACAUUGCUCCUGUUUUUAGUGCUUUUAAUGCCUUUUAAUUUUUACUGUUUUAUAGUCCUUUGUUUUACGAUUUUUAACGGUUUGUAAUAACUUCUUGCCCAUGGGUUCUCAUGUACAGCACUUUGUGGCAACUGCAGUUGUUUAAAGUGCUUUAUAAAUAAAGUUAUUAUUAUUAUGUGUCUUAGAUAGGACAAUGAAUUUCUUGCUUGCUGCAGCACUACAGAGUACUGUAAGCAUAAAUACAGAGCAGUUCAGUGUGUCUAUAUAGCUGUUAUAGUUCAGAGUUUGUUUGAUGGUGAGUUUAAUAGCCUGAUGGCUGUGGGGAAGAAGCUGUUCCUGAACCUGGAUGUACCAAAUUUUAGGCUCAUGUACCUUCUACCUGAUGGCAGCGGGGAGAAGAGUGUGUGGCCAGGAUGGUGUGGGUCCUUGAUGAUGUUGGCAGCCUUUUUGAGGCAGUGACUGCGAUAGAUCCCUUUGAUGGUGGGGAGGUCAGAGCCGAUGAUAGGCUGGGCAGUGGUCACAGCUUUCUGCAUUCUUUUCCGCUCAAGUUGCCGAAGCAAGCCAUGAUGUAACCGGUCAGCAUGCUCUCUACUGUGCACUUGUAGAUGUUCGAGAGAGUCCUCUUUGACAUACCGUCUCUGCGUAAUCUUCUCAGGAAGUAGAGGUGCUGAUGUGUUUUCUUUAUAAUUGCAUCAUUGUGCUGGGACCAGGAAAGAUCUUCGGAAAUAUGCACGCCCAGGAAUUUGAAGUUCUUGACCUUUUCCACCAUUUAUAUAAACGGGAUUGUGGGUCCCUAUUCUACCCCUUCCAAAGUCCACAAUCAGUUCCUUGGUUUUGCUGGUGUUGAGAGCCAGGUUAUUGUGCUGGCACCAUUUGGUUAAUCAGUCGAUUUCACUUCGAUAUUCUGACUCGUCACCAUCAGUGAUUCGUCCCACAACAGUGGUGUCGUCGGCAAACUUGAUGUUGGAGUUCGCACUAUGUCCAGCUACACAGUCAUGAGUAGUAAAGAGGUUAACCUCUGCUAAUUUUCUAUUAUGCUCUUCCGUAGCAAAACAAUGUUCUGUGUGGUGGUCAAAAUGGAGAGGUUGAUUAUUACCCAUUCUUGUGGACAUGAAACAGUGUGUUAUACAAGGGAGGCACAAUGGUGCAGCUGGUAGAGCAGCUGCCCACAACGCUCGUGACCCUUGUUCGAUCCUGACCACUGGUGCUGUCUGGAGUUUGAACGAUUCUCCCUGUGACCAUGUGGGUUUCCUCCGUGUGCUCCGCUUUCCUCGAUCUUUCCCAGAGGCAUGCAAGUUUGUAGAUUAAUUAGCCUCUGUAAAUUGCCCCAUCCCAAUUGGUUGGGAUGUGGAACAAACUGGAUUAUGGCAGCAGGGACUCUUGUGGGAUUCAAGUACCUACAUCGGACAUUGAAUUGCAAAGAUGCAAAAAGGUGUGAGCCGAGUGCAGUAAAUGGGAUUCACAUAGAUGACAUUAAAUGUUGGCAUGGUGGGCUGAAGGAACUGUUUCAGUGCUGGAUGAUUCCCACUCUCAAACACCUUUAGUAUGGUUAUCUCUGUACUAAUGCGGCUCUGAAGGAAAGCCUGUUACUUUUCAUCUUGCCACAGGCCAGUAAACUGAAUAGAAUUCUCAUGUCUAACUUGAGA